UCCCUCUCUCUAUCUGUCUACCCAUCGUCGUGCUCAUCACCACCACCACCACCUCUGGAAUCCUUCCUUCCUUCCUUCCUUCCUUCAACAAAAAUGGACGCAGCCAGUCGCGCAGACCUACAGGCUUCGGGUUCCUAGAGAGAGAGAGAGAGAGAGAGAGAGAGAGAGAGAGAGAGAGAGAGGGAGAGAGAGCGAGUGAGAGGCUUAGAGAGAUGGUGAGGAAGUGCAGGGGAAGCGCGGCGGUGGCGGUGAUGGACGCCGCGGGGGCCGGAGCGAGGACCCGAGCUGCUCGGGCCGGCCUGGCCGCGGCGGCCGCUCCCGUUCCCGCCGUCGUCGCUAAGGCCGACGCCAACGCCCCGGCCCCGAAGAGGAGGAGAGUCGGAGCGCGCCGCGGCGCCGCGGCGGAGGCGGCGGCGGCGGAGGAGGAGCUGAGGCCCUCGUGCGGCUCGCCGCACUGCGAUCGCCCGCUCGUCCGGGGCGGCAGCGCGGCGGCGGCGGGGGAGGAGGAUCGCUGCUUGAGCGGCCCUAGCUCCUGCGAGUUCGUCUCGGUGUCGUGCUGCUCGAGCAACGGAUCGAGCGAGGUGGAGGAGGAGGUGAUCGAUUUCGUAGAUCUGGAGGAGGACAGCGACGGAGCCGACGCUUCCACGUAUCGCCGCCGCCGCCGUGCGAGGAGAGAGAGGACGCCGUCGAGCGAGGUCGGAGGAGCGGAGUCCGACGACAUGGGUUCGGCUUCCAAGCCGACGUCGGAGGCCAAUUCUCGCUGGAGACCGAAAAUGCCGACGCAGGCCGAGCUCGACGACUUCUUCGCCAUGGCGGAGAAAAGCGAAGCUCUCGAGAACUUCAAGGAGAAGUACAACUUCGAUUUUGUCAAGGAAGAGCCGCUGAAAGGACGCUACGAGUGGUCUCGGAUAGAAGAGAGCAAGCCGCCGGAAGGGAGAAGCGACUGAUCAUCGUCGUCGUCGUCAGGGGGUGGGGGGCAUGGCAUGCACUUUCUUCCAUGACUUGUCACUGUUUUAGAGGGGUACUUCGUCUCCGAAUAGUUCCUUGAAUCUAGUCAAUCAGGUCAGCUCAUUUUAACCUCCCUUCCUGUACAGCCCCUCCCUCCCCCCCUCUCGCUCUCUCUCUCUCUCUCUCUCUCUCUCCAUCUUCUAGUACAGUUCUUGUAGUAGUAGUAGUAAUAGUAGUAGUAGUGUGGGUUUAGGGAAAGCGAUGGAGUUUCUGUUCUCUGGUACGGUUUGUAUACGGAGCAGAAGAACCCCAUCUCCCGCAAGAAAAACCUCCCCAGAAAAAAAAAACACGAGAAAUUGUCAUUCUUCUUAUCGAAUAAAGUUGGGAAAAGAAAA